AUGCAGAUUCCAGGAAAUCUUGUGCACGCCAAGGGAAACCAAGACGCACUUCAAUCCCUCCUGGAACACAAGGCCAUUCAAAGGCUUGCGGGGUUUGCAAAUAGCAUGCUAUACCAUUAUUCGCCCAAAGUCGUGUUCCCUGCAGCAACAUUCAACUUCGGUCCUACCGUGGUGACUUUGGAUCACACGGAUAACCUGAAUUUCGCCAGCGGCAUGUGCAGCAUCACCGCCCUAGGCGACUAUGACCCUACCAUGGGUGGACACUUGAUUCUGUUUGACCUAGGGCUCAUUGUCCAGUUUCCACCUGGAUCCACCAUCAUCAUCCCCUCAGCAAUCCUGCGUCAUGGCAAUGUGCCCAUCGCCUCAGGAGAAAAACGCCAGUCCUUCACUCAGUACUUUGCGGGAGGGUUGAUUAGGUGGGUUGACUAUGGGUUCCAGACUGAAGCCAAUUUUAAGCGGGAGAGUCCUGAACUAUGGCUGGCAGCCAUGCAUGGGCGUCAGAAUAGGGUUGAGGAGGCGGCAGGAUAUUUUCCAAAGCUCAAGACUUGUGUAAGGAUCCAAGUCCUCAAAUUUGAUACAUUGUGGAACCACUUUAACUACUCUAAUCAACUUAAUGCAUUGCGCCAUACACGUACAUGA